GGAAGUUGCUGCCGCAGACAGCAGCAGUCCAACAGCAAAAAAUCUGUUUUUGAAUUUGUAAACCAUGAUGAUUUUUUAAGCAAUGCCUUUCGAGGAGGUACAUGGAGAGCCCUCCUCCUCCUAUCAAGAGGCUGCCAGGCGAGUCACAUAUCAUUCUGAGUAAUCCUAAAAGAUACCAUUAGCAGGUCUGUACUUCUGCAACACGGGUUUCCCAGCAACUGUACAAAGGAGGAGUGCCUGCCUUAAAUUCCGUACUACUCCCAUGAAGCUGACAGGAACCAUCAUACCACUGUGGGGACAGACACUUUUAAGCCGGCACCCUGCGGCAGACGGCCAUGCCAAGGUUGUUUUUGUGAGUAGCAACGAAUGUCCCAUGUUGCAUUAGUGUCUGUGUGAAAUGCUGGCCUGCCUGCCAGGGCCAGGCGACCUCUCCCUCCAGCUUCUUUCCCACACGCAGAUGAACACUGGACUUCAGAAAUGGGACACUACACAGAGGAUGAGAUCCGCUCAGUAUCCAACCCCUGCGGAAUUGGAUGCUUAUGCUAAGAAGAUUGCCAACAACCCCCUGACCAUCAAGAUCUUCCCCAACAGUGUCAAGGUCCCCCAGAGGAACCACGUGCGCCGCACAGUCAACGGGCUGGAUACUUCAGGCCAGCGCUACAGCCCCUACCCCCCCUCUCAGGCCAACGCCAAGGCCGGCCUCCUUGCCAUCGUCAAGGUGCCUGUCGUCAAGGGCAUCCUCAAAGACUUUGACGGCAGCCGGUCGCGCCUGCACCCCUCUGGGGUCAUCAUGAACCCCCCUGGUCCUCGGGGGCCCUUUACAGCAGCGGCCUCGGCCAGCACUUUAAACCUUCACCAACCCCCUUCCCAAGGCCAGGGCGGGUCCCAGUCUCAGCAGAGCCUGAACCCUCAACUUGCGAGCCAGACUCACCCACAGACUCUACAACAGACCCACCCCCAGCAGCAGCAGGGCCUCAGACACCCACCCUGCAUGCCUCAACAGCAGCACCUGCAACAGGGGCUGCCCAGGCCCCAGACACUGUCCCACCCCCAAGCACUGGGCCAUCCCCAGCCUCCUUCUGGUCUCACCCUCUUGCUCCAACAGCAGCAGCAACAGCACCUUCAGCAGCAGGGGCAGCCACCUCCUGGACUGCAGGGUGGCCGGAAGCUGCCCGAUGCCGACGCACCGCCUAACGUUACAGUCUCUACCUCAACCAUUCCGCUCACCAUGGCUGCUGGCCUGAACCAGAGUCGCCAGCCAGACCUGAGCAGCAUCGUGCACCAGAUCAACCAGUUCUGCCAAGCCCGGGCCCAGGGGGCUGGAGCCACCUCCAUGUGUGAGGGCCAGAUUGCCAACCCCAGCCCCAUCAGCCGCAACCUCUUCAACAAUGCCUGCUCCAGGGUGUCCAUGCACAGCAACCCGCACACCAACGCCUGCCCCCCCGGCCUGCCCCCACACCCCAACUGCAUCAUGUGUCCCGCAGACAAGGCUGCUGUCCCCGCUAACCCCCAAAACAACAUGGCUGCCAUGAACAGGAUGCAUGUUUACCACAAUGAUCUCAAACAGCAGCAACACCAACAUAAUUUACAACAGCAGCACCAACAGCAUUUACAACAGCAACACCAACGUCAUUUACAACAGCAGCAGCAUCAACAACAACAACAUAAUCACCAACAGCAGCAGCAGAUGCGCUGGAACCAACAGCAGUUGGCUUAUCUACAGCACAUGCAGCAGGAGGGUGGGGGCCACCCCUGCAAGCAUCCUUCUCGAAUGGGCUACCCCCCGGAGCUGUGUGGGGGCCAUUCAUACAGCCUGAAGCCUCCUAUAGAGAAGCCCACCCCCUCUCCUCCCAUCAACAACAACGGCAUGCCUGGGGGUCCACUGGCCCACUACACCAAUGGUGGCCAAUACUUCCAGCCACACGCUGUGUGGAACAGCAGCAUCCUGCCCACGCCCAACAGCGACAGCUCUGGGUCUCAGGACCUGGCCAUGCCGUUCCAUGGGGGCACCACCACGCUAGACUGCGGCGGGCCCCCUGGGGGAGGCCAUUACAGGCCCGGGGGUGGCGGCUCCACCUCCUCUUCCUCCUCCUCCAGCCAGACUAGUCUGAUGAAAACAGCAGAUUACUUGGGCGGGGACUUUCAGACGCCCUGCUUCCGAGAUCAGAAUCUUGGGCUGAUAGGCAAGAUGCAUAGGCCACCAAUGAACAGGGUGGGGCCCGAGGUUGGCCCAGGGGACGGCAGAACCACUCAGAUCCAGCACCCAGGGUACAGAUAAGAUAAGCUAUGGCCGGCAUUGUCUAUACAGCCGUUAUCAAAAACAAGAACCUUCUUCUUUUAGUCUUAAGAAUGGAAAAACAUGAAAUACAAUUAAAUUAAGUAAAAAUGAACACUGACAUUAAAAAAAGGACAAAUAUAUUUAAUAAAGAGCAGUGUUUUUCUUUUUUUGUAGUCAAUCUUGCAAGUGAUCAAUUGAUUUUGUAAAUGAGUCCUUUCAGUAGGCACCCUCUAGGGAACGUUUCUUAUGUAUGUGAUUGUCGUCAUUCCCUACCUUUUUUCCCAUCCUACCUGUCUGUCAGUGUGCCUGGAUCUGAGGAUACAGAGUUAUUUUUACUUCAGAUCUGUCCUAAGAGUUUUUUUCUUUUAAGCAUAAAAGAUGUCUCCUGCAGACGAUGAAUGAAAAUGCACUGAUCGUUGAUGGAGGAAAGAAAACACAUUCUCAUAAGGAUCUUGAUGUUUUUGCAGGGUCGAGUGGGGAUUUCUCCGCUCCGACUAGUUUUAUUGGACAAGUGGCUAAUUUUCACUUAUUAUGUUUACAUGUGAAUCUCGUUGUGACAUCGAAAUUAAAAGCAUAUAUAUAUAUUUUCCUCUUGAAAUCACCACAGAGAUGAGAUAAUUAGUGAAUGGUUCAGUGUGGAACUGUCAGUCACUGGACACUACAAAGUACAGAUGGAGAGACUUGCCAUAUGCACAUGUACAAAGAGGCUUCUUUUUCUUUUAACGUAUUUAUUUAUUUGUGUAAUAGGACUGUUUUAUGAAUCAGGUCACCCACUGUUCAAGGUUGAUUCCUGUCUAUCAUCGAAGUAUCUAAUCUAAUCAGGUUGAUGUUUGUACAGAGUAUAGAUAUAUACUGUAUUGACAUCUAGAUCCUGCAGGGAGCAAUUUAAUGUGGGGACUGACUGGGGGAGCCAACCAACCGAUGCGCUCCUGCUCAAAAUGCUGCAAUGAAUUCAGGUGUCUGUUACAAUCCAUUUUGUCACCAUUGCCAAUUGAGGUUUGCAACAUGAUUGUGGAAUAACAUAUUUUUAUUUAAAUGUAGUGGGAAAAAAAUCAAAUCUGUUCAUUCUGUCUGAAUCCUGAAAUGGCCAAAGUCACAUAAUUGACAAGGAAAAACACCUUUUAAAAUAUGUGCCAUUUUAUGUUGGUUACAUUUUUUCCUAUAAUUUUGGUAAACCCGAAAACUAUUACUUGAAUUGUUGAGAUGCAAAGUUCUGUUUGGCAGUUGUUUAGUGAAGGGAGGGGGCUAGUUAUCAGGACUACACCUUACUACUGGAGUGGAAGAAAUAUAAUUGUUACUAAUAUUAUAUUAGAAACUAACGAUGAACCAAAAGCAGAGUUUUGAUCCUGAGUUCUUUUUAAAUGUUUUAUGUAUCAUUAGGUUAAGUUAGGUCUAGUUGCUACUGAUUCUGAUAUGAAGUGUGCUUGAAGAGACCAAAUUGAUCACUUGCAAGAUCACUUGGAGUUAAACAAAGUUAAACAGCAAAUGCAUUGUUUAUUUUAUUGUACACUGGCUUACCUACUAUACUACUAACUUUAAAGUGUAGUGUGUGUGUGUGUCUGUGAGAAUGAUGCCUGCUGACGUGGGUUGAGUGUAAAUGUGUGUUUUGUAUGUGCUAGUGUGUGUCUGUAUGUGAGAGUGGGUGGACACUGACAUCCACAUUCUGUUCACCUCCCUCUCAAACAGCCCUUAAAAAGCCUUAAGUAUUUGGUCCUUGGACUUUCCUUUGAAAACAAGCAUGGUUAUAAUGAAAAUCAAAAAUUAUGAUUGGAAGAUUGCAAGGAUACAUACAGAGGAACAGCAAUUUCUGUUAAACAUUUUUUUAUACUGUUUUUGUUUAAUAGAAAAAGCAAUUCCUUAGAUUCUUUUUUUUAAUGAAAACAAGAAAUGGAGUAAUAUUUUGUAAUUAUAUUUUAAAUCUAUGUGUAGUUACUGGGUUGUAACAAAAAAAAAUCAAAGCUUCACUUGUGACUAUUUGUAAUACUUGAUUUUCUUGCUAUUUAAAUCUUAUUUUUCCUCUUUGUUCCUUUUACUAUUGCUGUGAAAUGGAAGAAGGCCCAAUAAGCCUUUCUUUUACGUAUCACUCUGGCUGUACGACAGAUAAGACGCAAAAGCGUGAGAGUUGUGCUACUCUUUUUGUAAUAUUGUAAUAAUUAAAUAAAGUUCUAAUUUAUGCUUUGAAA